AUGCGUUUCCGUUCUUUGAUUGCAUCUAGCAUAUUGCUAGCCAGUACAGGCGCAGAGCAAUUUCAGAUCCCGCAAGUGCAGCGUGCAGUGAGCUCUGCCCUCAGGCAGUUCUCCGACUAUGUGCACUAUGAUGGACCGACUGGAACUGCAGCUGCAGCUGUAGCGUCAGCCACUGCAGAAGCACAUGCCCUCAAUGCAGCAGCUGUGAGCGAUCCAUCGUAUUGGCUGGCUGAUAUCGCCCAUCAAGGGCAUGCACCAUAUGCACAGAGUGGAUACGUUGUGUUUAGAAACGUCAAAGACUAUGGUGCUGCUGGUGAUGGUGUGACUGAUGAUACUGCCGCUAUCAACAGCGCCAUCAGCGGUGGUGGCCGUUUCGGUCCUUCGUCCGGAGAGACAUCCUCGACAACUCCAGCUAUCGUCUACUUCCCUGCCGGUACUUACAUUGUUUCGUCAUCAAUCAUUGAUUACUAUUUCACUCAAUUGAUCGGUAACCCCAAUUCUCCCGCUGUUCUCAAGGCAACUGCAGGUUUUACAGGUCUCGGUUUGAUUGAUGGAGAUCAAUACCAAUCUAGCGGUAACCAAGGCUGGACAUCGACAAACGUCUUCUAUCGUCAAAUCCGAAACUUAGUUUUGGAUCUUACUGCCAUCCCGGCUUCUGGUGGAUCGACUGGUAUCCAUUGGCCUACUGCUCAGGCCACAAGUCUGCAGAAUGUGGAAAUCAAGCUCAAUGCCGAUUCCGGUACUCAAGCGCAGGGUAUCUUUAUUGAAAAUGGUUCUGGUGGUUUCCUCACUGAUGUGACUAUUACUGGUGGUCUCUAUGGUCUAAACGUUGGCAAUCAGCAAUUCACCAUGCGAAAUGUCGCCAUUUCCAAUGCUGUAACCGCCAUUAGCCAGAUCUGGAAUUGGGGUUGGACCUACUCGGGUCUUACCAUUAGCAGUUGCACAACUGCCUUUGACUUCUCUAUUGGUGGAUCCUCAGCUAUUGCCGCAGGAUCUGUGACGAUUAUUGACAGCACCAUUACCAACACCAAUACCUUCCUCAAGACUGCAUGGACUACCAGCUCCUCUCCUGUUGGCGCAGGUAACCUCAUUAUUGAGAAUGUGGCAUUGAACAAUGUGCCCACUGCGAUCCAAGGUCCCAACGGCGUCUACUUGGCUGGUGGUACCACGACAAUUUCCGGGUUUGGUCAAGGACAUGAGUACACUCCUACAGGACCUAGUGUCUUGAAUGGCGCUUUUAACGCUGCUUCACGUCCCUCUGGGUUGUUGGCAAGUGGUUCAUCCAAAUAUUUCACCAAGAGCAAGCCCCAAUAUGAGACUUACGGGACAGGCAGCGUGGUAAGCGUGCGCAGCUCAGGUGCAAAGGGUGACGGUUCUACUGAUGAUACCGCUGCCAUUCAAUCUGCGCUCAACUCCGCAGCAGCCUCUGGAAGUAUCGCAUUCUUUGAUUAUGGUAUCUACCGCGUCACCGACACUAUAUACAUUCCUCCUGGAUCUCGCGUUGUUGGUGAAUCCUAUCCCACGAUUAUGGGAAGUGGCAGCAAGUUCUCCAACAUCGAGCUACCUUACCCGGUCGUGCAAGUUGGUAAACCCGGCGAUUCUGGCAGCAUCGAGGCUUCUGACAUAAUCGUCAGCACCCAAGGUGGUGCCGCUGGUGCCGUCUUGAUCGAGUACAAUCUAAACGGAAGCCAAGGAUCUGGUCUUUGGGACGUUCACACUCGUAUUGGUGGCUUCACUGGCUCUGAUUUACAAGUCGCCAACUGCCCGAAAACCGCAGCCGUUAGUGCUGCUUGUGAAGCAGGCUUUACGUCGCUGCACAUCACAAGUUCGGCAAAGAACGUUUACCUAGAAAACAACUGGUUUUGGACUGCUGAUCACGAUAUCGACGAUGCUUCCAACACUCAAAUCUCAAUCUACACUGGUCGUGGUGCUCUUAUUGAAGGCAGCGAUAUCAUUCUGUAUGGAACCGCUGUGGAGCAUCAUUCGCUCUAUCAGUACUCGUUUUCCGGGGCCUCCAAUGUGGUGGCUGGAUUUAUCCAAACCGAAACUCCUUACUAUCAACCAAGCCCAGAUGCCAAGUCAGGUCCUUAUGCGUACAACGCAACCCUGAACGAUCCAAACUACAGCACCUGCCUCUCCGGUAAUUGUGAUGCUCUCGGUCUGUACGUUACCAACAGCAACACGAUCUACAUCUACGGAGCUGGUCUAUACAGCUUUUUCGACGACUACAGCACAACCUGCUCAAACGCCGGUAACGGAGAAGCCUGUCAGAGCGAGAUUUUCCGUGUGGCGGGUUCGACAACCGGUCUGAGAGUGUACACUCUCAAUACGGUUGGCGUGACUAACAUGAUUGAAGUGGAUGGCACAAGCGAAGCGAAGUACUCUGACAACAUCAGUGUCUACCCUGAUGGACUCGUCCUGUUUACGUACAACUAG